AUGACUACUAUGCCUGGCGCCAUAUCUGGAAGCGGCAAUGAAGUCGAGAGACAGAAGUCUGUAUAUCAGCAUCAGCUAAAGCCCCAGCGGUGGAAAGACGACUGGACGGGGCCGCCAUUCAGUGCUAUCUAUGCAGGUGCGGCAGUUCGAUUCCACCUCCUGGCUGGAGCAUCCCUUGCCCUCGCCGUGCGCGAUACCUCGUAUCCACUGGACUUUGCACAAUUCGAAUUCCCUAGUGGCAGUCAUCGAGAUGGUUGGGCUGGGUUCACGGAAUUUAUUUUAGAGAAGGUUGGUGACUACCAGGAGAAGCACAGCCAGAAGUUCGUCGGCUUAGCGAUGUCGACCGAACUGUCCGAACGGUGCCCCGAUCUCUGUUCGCGCCUUUGGGCUGAGCUAGAUAUCAUCCCGAUUGUGCUGCGCAAUUCGGAGGAAAAAGUCAGUUGGGGGUUAUACGAAGAGAACCUAUCGUUCAAGUCAUUGGACGAACAUGCCGAGUCGAUCGCAAGGAAAUGUAUCAGGUUCUUCGGUCCCAGCCAGGCUCCCGUCCCAGAGAUCGGGGUCCGAGGCCUUGUUGAGGUCGACGCCGCAUUCCAUGUCAAGUUGACCCAGCUUGCGGACUAUGAGAAAACAGUGGAAGCCCCGACUUGGGCGGCAAUUAAUAAAUAUGCCAACGACCUAAAGAAACGCAGGGUAAAGAUAGCCUUCUUCAGUGCUACUCCGCAGGGUGGUGGUGUCGCCCUAAUGCGCCAUGCCAUGGUUCGAUUUGCAAAAGUACUCGGUGUCGAUCUUAGGUGGUAUGUCCCGAAGCCGAGGCAUGGUAUCUUCCGAAUUACCAAGAACAACCACAAUAUCCUCCAAGGCGUCGCCCCUCCCGGCACUCGAUUCACUCAGGAAGAUAGGGACGUCCUCCAUGGUUGGGUCCUUGAGAAUGCAGAACGCUACUGGUUUAAGGGGAAGAAACUCCUAGCUCCCCAGUGGAUUGAGAACAUUCGCUCCUACGCCUAUCCGUUACUCCAGGAACAUGGUCCGCCCCCUCCACCUUGGCUUCAAAAGAACGGCCCUUUAGUGCCACCGUGGGAGGGCGGUGCUGAUGUGAUCGUCGUUGACGACCCGCAGCUGCCAUGGCUGAUUCCGCUCAUCAAGGAACAAACUCCGGACCGGCCGGUCAUUUUCCGUAGUCACAUUCAGAUCCGAAGCGAUCUUGUCGACACGCCUGGCACCCCGCAGGCCGAGGCUUGGGAAUUCUUAUGGGAAGCAAUCAAGCAAGCAGAUCUCUUUCUCAGUCAUCCCGUACGCGCCUUUGUGCCGAAGAAUGUGCCUCCAGAAAAGCUUGGAUAUCUGCCAGCUUCAACAGACUGGCUGGACGGACUCAAUAAGCCUAUGGAAGACUGGAGCACCUCGUACUAUGGACGGCUCUUCAACUCCAAGUGCCGGGAACGGUACAUGCCGAACAUUGCAUUUCCAGAAGAGGAUUACAUUAUACAGGUUGCCCGAUUCGACCCUUCAAAAGGGAUCGAAGAUGUCCUCGCCUCCUACGAAUUGUUCCACAGACGUCUUGUCGAGGCACGCCCGGACAUGAAACCUCCUAAACUGCUCAUCUGCGGACACGGCUCCGUCGAUGAUCCGGACGGGUCGAUCGUAUAUGAGGCCGCCUUAGGUUUUGUCGAGCAGCAUCUCGAGCAUAUUCGGUCACUGAUCUGCAUUAUGCGUGUCGGCCCUAGUGACCAGGUGCUCAACUCUCUUCUGUCCAAGGCAAAGAUCGCCCUACAGCUCUCCACUCGCGAGGGGUUUGAGGUCAAGGUAUCCGAGGCGCUGCACAUGGGCAAACCGGUGAUCGCGACUCUAGCCGGCGGAAUCCCACUCCAAGUCCAGCAUGGCCAGAACGGGUUCCUGGUUGAUGUCGGCGACACCGAAGCGGUAGCUAACCAUCUCUUUGAACUGUGGAUGGACCAGGAACUGUAUAACCGCAUGAGCAGAUAUGCAGCAAUCAGCGUAAGUGACGAGGUGAGCACCGUGGGCAACAUGUUAUCGUGGCUGUACCUGGCAUCGGAGUUGUCGAAAGGCGCGAUCAUUCGGCCCAAUGGACACUGGGUCAACGACAUGGCUCGCGAGAAGGCAGAUGAGCCGUAUGCUCCAGGGGAGAACCGGCUUAAGCGGGUGUUGACGACAAACGCUGCGAAGUGA